AUGGCUAAUACAAGGCUUCAAGCUAUCGCUGCAGGAGCCAAUCUUGAGGGGCUGAAAAUACCCACACAGUCUGAAUGUUCUCGUUGGGGGGACCUCUGUAUUGACGUCUACGAUGAGGCAGAGCGCCGCCUAACAAACUCCUUUCUUGAGCCCACUAUCGAGGCCCCCUCUCCCUCUGGUCCUAUCUCCCGCCCUCUUCCUCCCAGCGGCGGGAGUCUCAGUGGUCGCCCACAAUCCAUGGCGGCGGUGGGCGGCAUCAGUGGAACUACCGCGAGUACUACCACUACCGCACGUCCAUCUUCCCUCAUACUCUUUUUCCUCCCACCAAACACCGCCUACACCUCCGUGCGCAAUCAGGCGCGCCAAAAACUUGGUCGCCUUUCCAUGACUGCGUUCCGUGCUCUCGUUGUUGAUGUACUCCACGAGGCUGCACAUCGUCUAGUACCCCUCCUCGAAUCCUCUUCUACUAUCCCUCUUGCGGUGGUCAGACCGAAGAUGCGACAUCAUGAGUACACCACUUACGGCGGGUCCAUGGAUGGCACUCGUGUCGCUGUGGACAAUGAUGAUGAAGUUCUUUUGGUUGUUGGUAGCGGUAAUGAUGGCAUUGGUGGUGUAGGGCAUCGCCCCACCGAUAAAACUUCCUGCAUUUCUAUGGAUGACCCCGUCUAUGAUCAAGUCGCGGUGGACACGGAGGUGGGCACUGUAACACGUGCCUCAGUAUCCACAGUUCCUUCGAUCGCCACGACAGCUAUCUCCACAGCUGCAGGAGCGGUUUCGGUAGCAACGUCGACGACGUCACCAACUUUGGCGUUGGAUGUUGCUUCGGAAUCCUUACAGACAGACCAGUUACAGAAGUACCAAGAGGGUUCGCAAGAUCACCAGCAGCUCGUCGUUUCCUUGGCCGAAGAAUGCAUUACCUCCUCAACCCCGAACUCGGUGGUCUCACCGUCCCUACUUGCUAAUACCUCGCCUCCCUCCGGUGGCAUUGAGUCAAGGCCGGGAAACCUGCCUGGCUCGAGGCGGCUGCAUUUGGCUGCGACAGGUCGUCUCGCAUCCUACCGGUAA